AGUAAACGAAGAAGAAGCAAGACAAGCAGCAGCACCACAGAAGAAGAACGAGGAGGAGGAGGAGGUCCGGUGUGUCUGAGCUGCAGGACUUGGCGUCUCCGAUGAACCUCUGGAUGUCUGCAGUCAGGAUGAGUUCGGUCCAGAAGCUCAGGGAUGUGGUCAGGGAGCGGCUGGUCGCUGCUGCUCAGCAAAUCUACACCGAGUUUGAAAAAAGCGUCUUCCGGUUGGAGGAGGAGCUGGACCAUCAACGGAGACUGCUGGAGCUCACCUGGAGACCACCGAGGAGCUGCCAGGAUCCAGACUUUCCAGAGGAGGAGGUUCUCUCUGAGCAGCAUCUCUGUAACCAGCAGAGGAACUCCAGGUUGGACCAGGAGGACCAGGAGGACCAGGAGGACCCUCAGCCUGUACAGGUCAAAGAGGAACAGGAGGAGGUCUGCCCCAGUCUGGAUGGAUCACAGCUGGUACCAAACCAGGAGACGUACUCCUUUAUGCUGCUCCAGUGCAGGUCCAAAUGUGAAGAAUUCUCUGCAGAAAUAUUCAGAAUCUUUGAAAAAACCAUCGUUUGGUACGAAGAGGAGCUCGAUCGGCGGCGCAGAAUGCUGGAUGUCCUCUGGAAACCCGACAUGACGUCUGACGCAGCAGACCUCCCUCAGAAACAUCUCUAUGUGCAGCAGCAGCUCAGCAGCCAGGAGAAGAAGUCCAGUCUGGACGAGGAGCAACCAGAACCUCCACAGAUGAAGGAGGAGCAGGAGGAGCAGCUUGGACUGAAGCGGGAGACGGAUGCCUUUAUAGUGACUACUGUUGAUGAAGAAAGUGAAGCAGACAGUGAGCAGCUCCUCUCUCACUGCUCUGCUGCAGCUCAGAGUCCAGAUCAGGAAGGAAUGAAGCCUGCAGACUCGGAAUCAGCUGGAAACACGGAGCUGAAGCCAAAGAAGAGACGUGACAGAAACAGCAGCAGCGUGGACGGUCCUCCCGUGUUAGAGAGCGGCUGUGAUGCUGACACACCAAAAAAGACUUUAACAUGUGACUUCUGUGGAAAAGCCUUUAAACAUAAGUCCAAUUUAAAGAUACAUCAGAGGAUCCACACAGGUGAGAAGCCGUUUACCUGUGAAACAUGUGGAAAAAGUUUCAGUCAGAGUAAUCAUCUGAUCGUUCACAUGAGAAUCCACACGGCCGAGAAACCGUAUUCCUGUACCACCUGUGGGAAGAGGUUUCCAGACCCUUCAGCAUUUAAGAGGCACACAGCAGUCCACACAGGUGAGAAGCUCUACACCUGCAGCAUCUGUGAGGUGAGUUUCAGCUACAGCCAGUCCCUCAAAGUCCACAUGAGGACUCACACAGGUGAGACACCGUACCUGUGUAACAUCUGUGGGAAGAGGUUCAGCCACCUGUCAGCCUUUAAAGCGCAUACAACCGCUCACACAGGAGAGAAGCUGCAUUCCUGUCAAACCUGUGGGAAGAGUUUCAGCCAAAGCGGUGAUCUGAAAGUCCAUGUGAGGAUCCACACGGGUGACAAGCCGUACCCCUGUGGAACCUGCGGGAAAAGGUUUUCUUCCACAUCAGCCGUUAAAAAACACACAAUGAUCCACACCGGAGUGAAGCUGUUUUCCUGUGAGACCUGCGGGAAAAGCUUCAGUCAAAGGGGGAAUCUGAAAGUCCAUUUGAGAAUUCAUGCAGGUGAGAAGUCGCUGUCCUGAAACAUUAGAAGAAGAAAUAAUCAGAGAACUGCGGCUGGAACACGUCCAGUGAUGAUAGAAAGUAUUCAAGGUCCUUACAGGUUUGCCUCUUUUAUUUCUUUAGAUCACGGUCAGUUUGACUUUUUUGACAAGAAUUUACAAAACAGACUCGCAUGUCAAAAUGAAAACAGAUUUCCACUAAAUAAUGUCAGUACAUAUAAACCAUAAACCAGUGACUCCAUCAGUGUUCUCCUUCCAGUCAGGAUCUAGUAGAUGAACCUUCAGGUCCAUCAUGGAUCCUGUUGGUCUCCAUCAGUCUGAACAUCUGAACUUUCUCCUCCUUCUUUAUAAACUGUUAAACUCUGUCAGGUUCCUCAGGGAUCCUGACCUACAGAACCUUUCAGGUCCAGACUCUAGUUCUCAGCUGGAUGGAGGUCUGGACUCUGACUCCUCCAGAACUUCUACCUUGUUGUCUUCCAACACCUCUGAGGAUCUUUGUUUGCUUCGACUCAUCAUCUGGAUCUUCUCCACGUCUCAGUUCUCUUCAGACUGCAUCAGGUUGUCCUCCAGGAUUUAUUUACCCUCUACCUUUACCAGCCUUCCAGGGCCUGCUGCUGAGGAACAUCAUGAUGCUGCCACCACCAUGCUUCACAUCAUGAUGCUGCCCCCACCGUGCUUCUCAGUGGGGAUGGUGGGUUUGUGAUGAUGUUCAGUGUUUGGUGUCCAUCAAACAUAUCAUCUAGUCUGAUGGAUAUAAAGCUCCAUCCUGGUCUCCUCAGACCAAAUAACCUUCUUCCAGGUGUCUUCAGAGUCUCCACAUGUCUUCUGGUGAACUCUAGUCCAGAUUUAAUUGGAGCUUUUUCCAUCAGAGUCUUUCUCUUUGUCUCCAUGAAGCUUUGACUGGUGAAGAACAGACAACAGUUGUUGAUGAACAGUCUGAAGCUGGAACUCCUUCAGAGGAGUCAUAGAGUCUUUGUGGCCUCCCUCUCUCGUCUCUUUCUCCUUCAGAGGAGUCAUAGAGUCUUGGUGGCCUCCCUCUCUAGUCUCUCAGGUCUUGAGGACGUCCUGCUCUAGUCAGAUUUAUUCAUGUUCCAUCUUCUUCCAUUUCUUAAUGAUGGAUUUAACUGGACUCCAGGAGAUCUUCAGGAACUUUAAAUGUUCUUGUAUCGUCCUGACUGAUGCUUUCCAACAACCUUUCCUCAGAGUUUCUUGGUUCUUCGGUCUUCAUGGUGUAGUUCUAUCCAGGAGUUCUGAUCCACCAGAGACUGGACCUUCAGAUCCAGGAGUCUUUAUCCUCCAAUCACUGACCUCAGAUCAAUCAUUACUGACUGAUGACUUCUUGCAUUCCCUGGCAGCUCCUUUGUUGACUGUGGAGAACAGUAAAUGGUCUUUACUUGUUGCAUUUUAUUUCCCUGGUGUUUCUUUAAGCAUCUUACAGAGUUUCUCAUUCACAGCUACCAGGUGAGUCAUCCAAAGGGAGGACCACUUCUUUUACAUUUUAUAUUUAAUUUAAUGUUUAAUUUGCAGACAUCAGUUUUAACUUUGACAUGAAAAAAUGUUUUAUGAUAAAUUAUUGUCCAAAUCAAGACCAAUUAACCAUGAUUCAAUGUUGAGAAGCAAUAAAAGAGGAAAACUACCGAACUAGCUGAAUGCUUUGUUUAAACACCGUAGAGACCUCCUCAAUCUUCUCGUAGCCGUGCUGUCGUCCGCCCUCUUUAGUAAACUAACAGUAAGAUGUGGUGAACAUCACAGUAAGAUAACCAAAGCCACGAUCCUUUCCUAAGUACCUAAAUACUAAAAUAAAAGUAAAGUCAGUGAGUGAAAUAAAAAGACAAAACAAGAGUUCAGCUAAAACUCCGGCUUCAGUGACAAUAGGAGUCAAACUCUGUUUGCCUGGCUGAGUGUCCAUGAACCUCUGUAGGUUCCACCAUCAUUAAUGAGCCUCUGAUGACCUCCUGAGCCUGGUAGAAGAUGGAGGAGGUCCCUAUGUGCUGAUAGGCCUCCCCACAUCAUGAUGAUGAUGCCACCACCAUGCUUCAUGGUAGGAUGGUGUGGAGGAGGUUCCUGUUUCUGGGAGUAAUAUCCAUUUAAUGUUCUGAUGACGUCCUGAACAGGUGGUCUGAAUGUGCAGUAAAUGUUUUCACACUGGGAAUGAACCAGAUCAUGUUCCAGGUUGAUCUGGAACGAGUCCUCGUCUUCAAACAGAGCCGUGGUUCAGAGAAGAGGCUCAGAUCAAACUGAGAUGUUCGGACCAUGAGUCGGAUGUGAAGGAUCUCUGCAUAUGUACAGGGCGUCCCAGAAAAUGUGACAUCAUGUCACAGGCCAAUAAUUUUGGCAAUUCUUGUUGAAUUAACCUCAGAUUUUCACAGAAUGUACAGAAACAGAUGAAGAUUUUAUAUGUAAUGUUUAAUUUUUGUUCUGUUUUCAGGUUGAGCCACGCUGUUCAGUUCCAGAGAGGAGUCAUCCUGGAACAUGCUGAUGUGGAUCCUUUAGCCCUGCAGAAGCAGCCUUCCUCUUCACAUUUUUGGUACCAAAUCCAAAUUUGUUUGCCAGCUGUUGAAGUUUUUCCAAGUUUUGCAUUGAAGACAUGCUGCACAGUUUGGGUGACUGUGUGAGCAUAUUCCAAAGUGACUUCUCUCUGGGAGUGAACGGCAUGGCUCAACCUGAAAACAGAACAAAAAUAAAACAUUUAAUAUGAAAUCUUGAUCUGUUUCUGUACAUUCUGUGAAAAUUUGAGGUUAUUUCAACAAGAAUUGCCAAAAUUAUUGGCCUGCGAAAUGAUGUCACAUUUUCUGGACACUCUGCAUAAAUAAGUAAAUCUGUAGAGUACCUUCAGACUGGACAGCUGGCGUGGAGGUUUACUGCCUGCCUCGCUCUGAUUGGUCUGAUUCCAGCAGACUGCAGUCAGACGAGAUCAAACAUCUGCUGGAUUUAUGCUGAAUCUGACAGAAGGACGUUGCAUUUUACUUCUUGGUUGUUGUUUUUUUAGCCUGCUUUUGUUUAUAGUUUGAAAAAGGAAGCGCACCAGGUUAGCUUGUUGCUUAUUAGCUUGACGGCUAUCACAGAAUUCCAUCAGAUCGCUACCAAACUGUAGACGCCUCCUGAAAGGUGGAAAAGUCUCCGAAUGUCCUUCUUCUUUUGUAAACGCAGCGUCCUAGCCGUGGUUAAAGCUGUAAAUACCAUGAAGACACCAGAGGACUUCUCCUGUUCAUCUCCUCCAGGUCUUUGUCCUCUCAGCUGAACUCUGAACUUUACAGACAAUCAUCACUGGUGUAUUCUGCCUUAUUUCCUGUCAGAUUCUGGUUUGUCAGUUUUGUCAUUUGUUUCCUCCUGUCGAGUAAAAUCCGAUGUGUUCAGAGCUUGUUGUUGCUUUUUAUAUUUCUUUGUAUUUUAAUAUUUUUUGAAGGCAACACUACCACAUUGUAGAAGAAGCUCGGUGUAAAUGGAACCAUAUUCAUAAACACAAAAUGAUUUUUGUAGCCAAACGCAUCGUCAGCAUAAAUGUUGGUAUUUAACACCGUGAUCAUCAUCAUUAUUAAAGGAACGAGCACUUUUAAUAAACACAGCUGAAAGAUUUCACUGAUCCAGA